AUGCCUUGCUUGAACAUUUCGACCAACGUUAAUCUCGAUGGCGUCAACACAUCUGCCAUCCUCUCUGAAGCUUCCUCUCAAGUCGCCAAAAUCAUCGGCAAACCUGAGUCCUACGUGAUGAUUGUGUUGAAGGGCUCAGUGCCAAUUUCAUUUGGAGGAACUGAGCAGCCAGCAGCUUAUGGUGAGUUGGUAUCUGUUGGUGGCCUUAGCAGUGAUGUGAACAAGAAACUGAGUGCUGCAAUUGCUACUAUUCUUGAGUCGAAGCUGUCGAUGGAUCAUUGCCAUGCGCACGUUUCUUCUCAUUGCAUUCUUCCUGUUUGUUUAGGCCCAUCAAAGCCAAGAAUAUGCACAGUGUUUGCAUGCUUUACACCAGAACUAGAUCAUGUAAAUAAAUCCUUACUGUUUUUAAACUCCAUGUUUUUUCUGCCACUUCUGAUGGUUUUGAUGCUUGCUUUGUUUUGCAGGGCUCCCACUUUGGAUGGAAUGGUUCCACCUUUUAAUCCCAGCUUCGUGCCUGAGUUGCUCUCAGACUUAACACCAUGCUUUCAGACAGAUGUGUCUUUGGUGUUUUGCUGUUGUAGAAACUUGAUCUAA